AUGACUUCCCCGUCUUGGAAUGGGUCUGGAGUCCCACGCCGGAGUCGUAGCGGUUCGAAAACUGCCUCCAACACCAGUUUAAUCGAUUGGGAUAAGGGCGUUUUGAAUUAUGUUUACUCCUGCAUGCAUCCUCCAUCAUAUUACUAUACUCAGUCUCAAUUUCAAGCAACCGAUUCUCAACCAUCUAGAUCUGCUGCUUUUCUUAGGGCGCAUCGACGUAUAGUUUCAGCCACUUCACCACACGUUUUCUUGCAAGCUCCACUUGGGGUAACCUCCAAACCAUCUAGACUUGCGGUUUCAAGAGGUCGCGGGCAUUGUCGAAAUGCUUCAGACCCUGGAAUGCAUCUCUAUUUUCCACCACCUCCGCCGAUAUUUAUUCCUCCCAGUACUACAACUCUGAUUGACGAAAAAGGAGGGAUUGUUACUUCUCAGUUUGCGUCUCCUUCGCCACCACCGCCAUCAUCUCCGCCUUUACAGCAAAUACCUCCUCCAGACAGGGUCGAUAAUGUGGAGAAGACUGUAUUAUCCUCCAAACCUAUUCCAUCAGAUAUAGGGGAUUCAGCUUGCAUGGUUUCUUGUCUUCAGCCCUGGGCCACAAGCUUGGUUCUCCUUAUCUCCCUAUGUGCAAUGUCCUUUUUCCAAUCUUUAGUCUCUUCUGGCUAUUUAAGUAGUAUAAUCACAACUCUUGAAAGGCGAUUCGAUCUCACUUCACGACAAGUCGGCUAUAUGUACUGCUGUUAUGAAAUCACAUCGGUUCUAGCCACCAUCGGUUUCUCAUUUGUCAAUGCUGCAAGAACAAAUCGCCCUCGGAUCGUUGGGAUUCUGGGGUUGGUUCUUGGAGCGGGGUUUGGCUUAUUUGCAUUGCCUCAUUGGCUCUCGGGGCCUUAUAAUCCAGGGAAGGUCGCGGGUAUGCAAAAUAGACGUGGUGGUAGUCAGGCCUUGUGUUCUGAACUAGCGUUGGGAAAUGCGACCUCCCUGCUUCCACCGUUUAUUGAUCGAUCACAUUGCAAUCAGACUGAGGUGACCAUUUUGAAGAUAGGAGAAGAGGCAGUGAUUGCGUCUGAUUACACUGUCGCGUUGCCGCUUUUUUGCUGUGCCAUGGCUUUGGCUGGCUUUGGAUCUAGUUCUCUAUUUGUUCUAGCGCCCACUUUCUUUUGGGAUAAUCUUCCGCCAGAACAAUAUCCUCUUUAUUCGGGUCUGCUCUAUAGUAGUGCAGGUUUGGGUCCAGCUUUUGGUUUCAUGGCAGGCGCAGCAUUCCUACAGAUAUACAUAGACGCCCCUUCUAUUCAACCUCCAUCGUCUCAGCUGGACGUCUACAGUCAAUCUUGGCUUGGAGCGUGGUGGUUGGGUAUGGUUAUCUUUGGUGCUGUCACUUGUCUCCCGGCCAUUCCAGUUCUCCUUUUUCCACGAAGACUUCCAGCACGUUCUGGAGAUGAAGUCUCAAUGCCAUUGGAGCCUGCAACAGUAAACACGACUGCGCUCUCCACUCCUGAAGAUGACGAAAAAAUUGAUGCCGGUGAGCCUAGAGCUUACCAACCCUCCAACCUUCCAUGUCGCUUUCCUGAACCCAUUCCAGAAACCAAUGAGUCAUUGACACUACAUACGUCCCGACAACAGUCGUCCCUUUCAACUUCCAGCAAUCCUGAAGUCGACUACAAACUUCAUCGACGGCAGGCUUCAAGAGGUGACGCUAAUUCUGAUGUCUUUCAAAUGACCUCUUCUCAGCCGCAACCUGUUAAAUCCAUUCCUCUUUCUGCAUCCUCCCAAGCACCCACUUGUCUUUCAACAACGCCUUCGAAACAUCGAAGGGAAAAGGGUUUCUCUUUUUCACGCUGGAGGUCAGAUUUUUCUCGAAAGUAUCGAGGUCGAAUGGGUGUCUUCUUAAGAGUUGUGAAAAACCCGAUCUGGCUAGGGGUUACUGCAACAACUGUAACCGAGAAUAUCAUCGUUUCAGCAUACCUCACAUAUGCAGCCAAAUACUUGCAAGCCCAAUUUCGAGUCCCGGCCCAUUUGGCAAGCAUUCACACUGGAGCUGUUGUGGUGCCGAGUGCCGUUCUUGGUGUUCUUUCUGGAGCUCUCCUAAUGCGUCAUUUUCGUCCAUCGAUCACACGUACCCUACUGGCUGUUUUGUUACCACUAUUUGCUACCUUGGCAACUGUCCUCAUUCUCAUGCUGGGUCUCAACUGUUCAGCUAAUCAGAUGGCUGGAGUUAGUGCAACUUAUGAUGGCAAACCAAAUCGGAUUUUUGGUGGAUCCUUCCUUCAUCAUCCUUCCAAUCUCACCGCCCCCUGUAAUGCUGUAUGCCGUGUGCGUCCUGGUGGUGGUGGUGGAAAAAUCGGCCGUGAUGAUUCUUUAUUCUCCUGUCCACUUGCCUCAGACUACAAUCCUGUCUGUUGGGAGUCUCUGGCUGAUGGAGGCGGUAGGUACAAGAAGCGUCAAAUGUCUUUCCUCAACCCCUGUCUGGCUGGAUGUUCCGGACAGAACUAUGAAAUCGAUGAGAAUGGGAAAACUAUUGAGGUAUACACGGACUGUAACUGUGUGACAAAUAGGACCCUAGCACCGUUAGGCGUCCAUUUUAUCGGAGAAAGAGAAGAUACUGUAGGUGGUACGGCUAAACAAGGUGUCUGCAAUCCCCUCUGCCCCAACUAUGUGCCUUUUCUAAUCGUAACAUUUCUGACAAUCUUUCUUACAAGUGUCAAUCAGAACCCCAGCAAUGUUGUCACCUUGAGUUGUGUGGACCCAAAAGAUGGGACCGCUGCUCUCGGACUGCAAGUGUUUUUCGCGAGAACCCUUGGUGAGGUCUCAUUACUGAAUUCAGAUUUUAUAAUUGCUGUGGUCUAUUUACUUAUCUCUUGUCUAAUUACUUCCCUUUUGAGUGCAGCUUUCAUUCCGACACCAAUAUACUUUGGAGCUCUAAUGGAUCGUACGUGCAAAGUUCGUGCGUUACCACAGCGACUGGUGUGUGAGUCAUAUUUGAAUAGCAGUAGUAGUCAAUCCUCUCCGCAUCUUCUACUUCUCUCCGCGAUGAAACUGGCUACCUUGGAGGGUGCCUGCUUAGAGUAUGAUGUACAUGCUCUACCGUUUGCGUGGCUUGGUGGAGUAACGGUCUUCAAGUGUCUUAGCAUUUUCAUUGCGCUAUUAACGUGGCGAUAUUCUUGUCGAUUGGAUGCACGUAAAGAGAAGGAAAGCUUAUCGAUGCUCAAGGGGGAUGAUUCACCAGAACGACAAUGUAUUUGA